AUGCCUCUUUUACACAUCUCGUUUGCCUUCAUUUUUGUUUUAUGCCUCUUUCUCCUAGAAACUGCCCAUGGCUUUUUUCCCAUAACUGUGAUAGACUGCUCCCUCGUCUCACGAAAGAAUGGCGCCAACCGCUCGUUCACGGUUGAUGCCAAUGGCAAGGGAGACUUCAAAUCUGUUCAAGACGCCAUCGAUUCAGUCCCGGAAGGGAAUUCUGACUGGAUCAUCAUUCAUGUCAGGAAAGGGAUUUGCAGGUGA